UAAUCAGCUUUUUGUCAUUACUGUUGAGGAUCGCAGUUACAAGCAAUGUCAUCCUCGGCUUCUAGGGAAAUCAAGGGCAUGAACGAUUUUUUGGAAGAGACUGAAUUGAAUUUACUUGAAUGCAAGGUUUGCUUUGAAAAGUACAGCCAGCAGCAGAAACACAGGCCUAAAAACCUUCCAUGUGGCCAUGUGAUUUGCCAGGAAUGUGUUUUAGCUCUCUGUCCUCAAGGAAGCUCAAGAUUAGAAUGCCCAUUCUGUCGUAAGGCCUGCAGAACUUUGGAGACAAGUAUCUGCCUUCCUGUCCUGCACUUAAUGGAAAUGGUAACUCGUGUGGUUCCUGAUCAACUGGACUCUCCAUCAGCAACAAAGACAAGUCAUGUCACCAAGUUGAGGCCUGCUAGUUUCAAUCUGAGGCUAUCAUUUGGUGGCUGGGGCAUCUUGUUCAAUCCAACUGGUAUAGCUCUGUGCAGGAAGACUGGUCGUCUGGUUGUAGCACAUGAUGGCAAAAAACGAAUUGGAGUAUUCUCUAUGAGUGGAAAAUGCAUUCAACAUAUUGGUGUUAAAUCUGACACCCCUAACUCUAUUAUUUAUCCAUUGGAUGUUACUGUCACUCAAGACAGCUGUAUAGUGGUGACAGAUGCUGGUGAUCAUUCCCUCAAGGUGUUUGAUUGGUCAGGAAAGACUACGCUAGCCAUCAAACAAACAUUUUUGCUGCCCUGGGGCUUGUGCACCAACCCUCAAAAUGAAGUUAUAGUUUCUGACUCUAAUGCUGGCAAUCUUGUUCUGGUGGUCGCAGACUUUAAACAAGGGGUAGUUAAAAAAUUGCUAAAACUUUGUUCCAACUUAACCCAUCCAAGAGAAAUUGCGGUGUGCCCGACCAGCGGAGCUGUGGUCGUGGUUGAACAUCUGGUAAAGGAUAGUAAAAAUUCCAGCAGCACUCGAGUAAAGAUUUUCAGUAGCGCUAUGAAACUUACACGGCAAAUCGAUAGUUUUGGCUUGAGUUUAUUCCUUCCUUUAGCAGUGCACACAACUGGAGUGGCAUUUGAUCACGAGGGGAAUGUCUUGGUCACUGAUGUGAAUAACAGAUGUGUUAUUUGUUUAGAUAAAACAGAAGAAUGCAGUUUUCUAAAACAUGUUGUUGCCAGUGGACUUUCUUAUCCAGUGGCGCUGACAACGUUAGAGGAUGGCUCCGUUGCUGUGUUAGAUAGUGGGAACCACUCUGUGUUAGUGUACAGCCCUUAACUGGAUGUGUUCCAUUUUAAGACUCGUGUCUUAAAGUGAUACUGCUAGAUUCAGGAAACAGACUUCAGCAUAUUGACCUUUAAUAACAAUUUAGAAGCACAUAGGUAAGAAAACAUAUGAACUGAGUUUUUGUGCAUGACAGCCUUUUCAGCAUGAUUAGGUCCCCAAUUCUCCUGUGCAAACUGCUGAUUAUUAGAGUUAUCACUGAGAUUAAUAUAGUGAUCCUUCUUCAAUUUUAAAAUCGUGGUCUUCUAAAAUCACAUGACCAUUACCUAGGGAUUGUAAUAAGUUUAUUUAGCGACCAGACAGCACCUACUAGCGAGGCACAGAACCAAAAUCUUGCCCUGCGCACAGUUACAGUCAAUUAACUAAAAUUAAAUAUCUUCUAUAAAAACAGACUGCUUACUUAAAGGGGUUGUUCAAAUUUGAGUUCAUUUUUAAUAUGAUAUUCUGAGACAACUUGCAAUUGGUUGUUA